AUGAAAUACUCAAGAAGAUUUAGUAAAAAAAAGAAAGCCCUAAGAAAGAGAAAAGUUUAUGUACCCUAUUACCAAGCAUCUAUAAAAGAAAUUAUGCAUGAUCUUAAAAUAAUUGAUAUAGAAAAAAACGAAUUGACGCUAGUAACUCCCAAAAAAGAGCCCAUAAAGCAAAUUCCAAAAAAAAGUGUAAUUACUGAUGAAAAUAUUGCUAUAGAAAGUUUAGUCCUUCUAACUGAAUCAAUUGAAAAGAUUGAAGAAAUCAAACCUGAGCCUCAAUUAAUCAACCAAUAUCAAACACAGCAAUAUUACAACUUCCAGCCAUUCUGGCAAUAUUAUCCAUAUUUUCUGUACCAGAACUAUGCAAACAACAUUGGACAAUUUGGAUGAUAUUAUAAUUAA